AUGACUAGAACCUGUGCAGAUGUGGAUUGUUGUGAAUCUUCAGUGUAUGUGACUGAUGAUGGGAGUCUGGAUUCAGUGUGGAUGAGCAGAGAUCAGAGCCGCACACCACAGCCACUGCUGGACUCUAAACUCUCUGAAGAGAAAUCCAGACACACACAGGACUCCGAUCUCAGUCUGACUUUACUCUGUUAUACUGAGUCAAAGCCCACAGACACUCAGGACACUACAGUGUGUGACAGUAAACAGAGCUUACAGGAGGAUCAAACCUCCACAGAGUCUCUGGAUUCUGUCUGUAACGCUGGAGAACAGCAGCAGAUCCUGCAGACCAAACUGAAGAUGUGUUCAGUUAAACUCAUCGACUGCACGAACCUCAUGAUGAAGAUUAAAACUGAACCCACCGAAAUCAAAACUGAACCCACCGAAAUCAAAACUGAACCCACCGAAAUCAAAACUGAACCCACCGAAAUCAAAACUGAACCCACAGAAACCAAAACUGAACCCACAGAAAUCAAAACUGAACCCACAGAAAUCAAAACUGAACCCACAGAAAUCAAAACUGAACCCACAGAAAUCAAAACUGAACCCACAGAAAUCAAAACUGAACCCACAGAAAUCAAAACUGAACCCACAGAAGAGGAAGAUCGAAAUGAGGAACAUGAUGAUUUUAAUCCAUCAGAUGUGAAGAGUGAUUCAUGUUUGGAUAUAGAAAUAACGUCCUCAACAUCAAAAGAGCGACUGACAGCACAAACUCUUUCCUGCAUCACCUGUGGAAAGCCAUUCAGUUCACAGAGACAUUUAGAGAGACAUGAGAGAAAACACACAGAACAGAAACUCUUCACCAGAUCUGAGAUCAGCUUUACUACCUUACAAGAGAUGAAACUUCAUUCAGAAGACCACAGAGAGAAGAAGAAGCAGUUUCACUGUGAGCAGUGUGGGAGGAUUUGUGUCUCUUCCUCUAAACUAAAUAUUCACAUGAGGAUACACAGUGAUGAAAAGCCUUUCAACUGCACUGAAUGUGGAAAAUACUUCAGAACCAAACACAAUCUUAAAGUUCAUCAGAGACUUCAUACAGGUGAAAAACCUUUCAAAUGCGCUCAGUGUGGAAAGAGCUUCUCUAAUUCAUCUCAUUUAAGGGUUCAUCAGAGAGUUCAUACAGGAGAAAAAACGUACGAGUGUCCUCACUGUGAGAAGAGAUUUAGCUGUAAACGUGGUCUGAAGACUCAUGUGCUUUUACACACCAAUGAGAGACCGUAUCAGUGCAGUGAAUGUGACAAAACCUUUAGGGAUUCACGUUUAUUAAAAAAACACCAGAAUACUCACUUUAAAGAGAAACUCUAUCAGUGUUCAUACUGUGAUAAACGUUUCUGCCAUAACUAUAAGCUGAAAAUCCAUGAGAGAGUUCACACUGGAGAAAAACCUUACAAAUGCUCUCAAUGUGACAAGACUUUUCACCAUUCACGUAACUUAACAUUCCAUGAGAGAGUUCACACUGGAGAGAAACCUCAUCACUGUAGUGUCUGUGGGAAGAGUUUUACUCGCCAAUCAAACUUACUAAGUCACCAGAACAUUCAUACAGGUGAAAAACCUUACAAAUGCUCUCAGUGUGACAAGAUGUUUACUUAUUCAUCUUACUUAAAAGGCCAUCAGAGAGUUCACAAUGGAGAGAAACCUUACGUCUGCGCUCAAUAUGGAAAGCGCUUCUCUAGUUCAUCUCAAUUCAUAGAGCAUCAGAGAGUUCAUACUAGAGAGAAACAACAUCACUGUAGUGUCUGUGGAAAGAGCUUCUCUUGGUUAUCUCAAUUAAGAGUUCAUCAGAGAGUUCAUUCUGGAGAGAAACCUUAUCACUGUAGUGUCUGUGGGAAGAGUUUUAGUGCAAAGGAUACCUUACUAAGGCACCAGAGAGUUCAUACAGGUGAAAAACCUUACAAAUGCUCUCAGUGUGACAAGACGUUUGCUUAUUCAGGUCCCUUCAGAGUCCAUCAGAGACUUCACACUGGACAGAACCUUUAACUCUUUCCCCACCAGCGUUUAAAAAAAGUUGCCAGCCAGCACCAGCAUUUUUCAUGAUUUUCACAAAAGUUUAAUGUCUUCCAGAAAAUGUACAAUAUAUCAAAUAAAGAAAUAGACCCUCUGCUUUCAAACAAAAAA